AGCAGAUGACGUGUCUGAAAAAGGAGUUGCAGGUUUGCCACGUCGGUCGCUGUGUGGAAGCGACAGGUCUAGUGCACGAGCAAACAGAAGUUUUUAAAGCGUUCUAACACUUUUAGUGCUGAAGCAAUUGUCAUUUUACCUCAACGUAGGUUGAUAAACCCACGUUUCCGGUGCAUUUUCGCUGUAAACGUCCCCGAAUAGGCCAACAUUUCAACAUAAGGCGAGUAACAAUGUUCCCUCUCGGCUCUAUUCUGCUGGCAGCCCACGACCACACGACUGACUGAUGUCUCAGCGUUCACAUCAUCCACUGUUCAUUGAUGUUGGUUGGGCAGUGCCGGGUGUGGCUGUGAGCUCGCAGUGGAGAGCAGCAGGGGUCAUCGGGGUCUCCGGGGUCGCUGGACAUGCCCGGGGGCCGCAGGGGUCCGAGCCGCCAGCAGCUGAGCCGCUCCGCGCUGCCCUCGUUGCAGACGCUGGUCGGGGGCAACUGUAGCAACGGCACAGGCCUCAGGAACAGGAACAGCAACUCCGUGGGUCUGACCGCGCCCCCUCUGACGGCCCUGAUCACCCCCGAGCCAGUCCGUCACUCGCGCAUCCCCGACCUCCCCAUGGACGGCAGCCUCCUCUUCGAGUUCCUGCUCUUCCUCUACCUGCUGGUGGCGCUGUUCGUGCAGUACAUUAACAUUUACAGGACCGUGUGGUGGUACCCCUACAGCCACCCUGCUGCCUCUCUGAACUUCCAUCUUAUGGACUAUCACCUGGCCAUCUUCAUCACCGUCAUGUUGGCCAGGAGGUUGGUGUGGACAAUAAUUUCAGAGGCGUCUCAGACGACCUCCUCCUCUCUGGUCCGGUACGUGGUUCUGAUCGCCGCCCGGCUCACUCUGCUCACGCUCUGUGGCUGGGUUCUGUGUUGGACGCUCGUCAACCUCUUCAGAAAUCAUUCGGUGCUCAACCUCUUGUUCCUGGGAUACCCGUUUGGAGUGUACGUACCGCUCUGCUGUUUCCACCAGGAGAGCCGGGCACAGGUGAUGCCCACGGACUGCGGGUACCUGGACCAGGAGGCCCAGGACAGCUCCCUGCUCCGCCCCAAAGACUUCCUCACCCUGCUGCGGGAGAACCUGCGGGAGCAGUUCGCCAGCCCCGCCUCUGUCCCCGCCCACAACUGCCCGCUGUCGCCCGAGCUGAUCCGCAGCGAGGUGGAGGGCCUGAAGACCGACUUCAACCGCCGCAUCAAAGAGGUCCUGUUCAACUCGCUCUUCAGCGCCUACUACGUGGCCUUCCUGCCGCUCUGCUUCGUCAAAAGUACACAGUACUAUGACAUGCGCUGGGCGUGUGAGCACCUGAUCAUGGUGUGGAUCAAUGCCUUCGUCAUGCUGAUGAGCCAGCUGCUGCCGCCCAGCUACUGCGACCUGCUGCACCGCUCCGCUGCUCACCUGGGCCGCUGGCACAAGCUGGAGCACGGUUCCUAUAGCAACGCGCCGCAGCACCUGUGGUCCGAGAGCACGAUCUGGCCUCAGGGAGUUCUGGUGCGGCACAGUCGCUCCCUCUACAAGGCUGUGGGGCCCUACAACGUAGCUCUGCCUUCAGACGUCUCCCAUGCACGCUUUUAUUUUCUGUUCCACAAGCCGCUGCGGAUCCUGAACCUGCUGAUCGGGAUCGAGUCGAGCGUGGUGCUGUACCAGCUGUACUCGCUGCUGCGCUCCGAGCGGUGGAACCACACGCUGUCCCUGGGCCUCAUCCUCUUCUGCAACUACUACGUGCUCUUCAAACUGCUGCGGGACCGCAUCGUGCUGGGCAAGGCCUACUCCUACCCGCUGAGCGGCGGCAGCGCCAUCGGCCUCAAGACCCAGUGAAGCCGGGCCGGGGUGGGGGGGGGGGGGAACGAGCCCUGCGCACCCCUGCCCCCCCCCCGCCCCCCCACGCCCCGGGCCACAGCAGAGAACUCUGAGCUCAGCUGCAGUGGGAAAGGGACUCCCAAAUAUUAUUUUGAUACGGUUCUAUUUUUCAUGCAAUGUUUAUAUCUAUUUAAAAAAAAAAGUUUUAUAUUUUGUAUACUGUUCAAAGAGUGCCUGUUCUUUUCGUUUUGGCCAAUAGAGUGUUACCAUGAGACGGCCAAUCACAGGAGAGCAGGAGGGAGAAUCAGUGGCCUGUUAAGUGAUUACAGAUUUAUUUUUCGGAAAGUUACAGCAUUUUUUUUUUCUCCCCCCUUCUUCUUCCCCAUCAUCUGUCAGGAGUGCUAUCAGCAGUGUGUGAACUGUCUCAGAGUUUGGAAUGUUCCGGACUGUGUGACAGGACCCUCAUAGCCUUUUUCUGUCUGAGCUAAACCAGGCCUCUUUUUCUAUUGUCUUUCAUUUUUAUUUUCUCAGUGCCAAAUCCCAGACUGCACCUGGAGAGACCAGGGGUGGGGCUUCCAGGGGGAAGCAUGUGUUCACAUUCCUGGGGACCCGAUUGGUGUAUCUGGGUGGGCGGGGCCAAGGGCCAUCUGUCGGCAUACAGUAUUUCACCCAGACUGCAUUUUUAAUAAUGCCAACGGCAUACAAAAUAAAAUAUAAACCAAACAUGUGA